CUCUCUUUCCUCGUCACCCAUUUGGAUACAUCGUGACUUUGAGUGGGGAAUCUCAUUUUACACCAUCAAAGAUCUUGGAGGAUAUUUCCACACAUUUCCUGAUGUGGGUGGACCGUUUCACAGCAAUGACCAAGUUAACAAGGCUAUUAAUCUCUACCUCACUGCUCAUGAGGCUCCGAGAAUGGACGUGAACCUUUCUGAAGUGGAUAAGCUUAUACAAGACUGCCGUUACUAUCCUGAUGGCACAAAGAGGCGUUUGAAAGCAGGACAAGCAAUUGAUAAAAGGCGUGAUGCGAAUUACCAAUUGGUUCAAGCAGUGGUGCACAAGUACAAUGACCAUCACAAUCUUUCUGGGGAUCAUGCAUAUGAAGUCAAACAUGUUCUGGAUGAGCCGUCACUUUGGGAGGAAGAAAACUAUAGGAUGUACAUGCAUAUGAAUUUCACUGUGAAGACCAAAGGAUCUGAUGGUUUUGACGCUGGCAGUGAUAAGCUAUUCUUUGCUGAAGUCACAUUUGUGGGCGGAGAUGAUGAAUUAACGGUGAACUGUUGCUGCGUGGUCAAUACUUUUGAUAAUGGUCCUUGCUUUGGUUGUGGAAUUACUAUGAAGCACCCCAACGAUGGUAACGCAUACACCGGUGGUCGCAUGAAUGCCACAUAUAGCCUACCAUUCGGCAAUGGUCCUCUAAUAGACUCUUAUUGCUACGAUGAAGACUCUGAUGAAGAGGUGGAAAGACUGAGAUUUCUGUUCGGGGGAGCUUGAGCCACUGCUGGUGUACUGCUUGAGGCUUAAACCGUGUGAAGACAAACUUAGAUUGGCGCUUCCAGCCAAUAAAGUUGGCAUCGUGGGGCAUGCGGUGAAGGGAAGAAGGUCAUGCGAGAGACUUAAGGGGAAGUAGUUGCUAUUGCAAUGUUUAUAUAGAUACAUCUAGAUUUAAACAAAUCUAAGCGUGGGACGGAAGGAGUAAUAUAUGCCCAAGUGCUGUGCAUGCUUGGGAGCCGCUAUUUGAACCUGUUGAAUAAAUGUGAAGCUUUAUUGGUGUGUUAGUUGUGUGACUGUUAGAAGCUGCCGUUCGUCCAUGUAUGUGUUAUAUAUAAUCAUAAUUGUGGUUCA